GCGCGCGGCGGUGCAUGGGAGUGUGUUGGAGCAGAUUCGGAACAAGGAGUUUGACGCUCUGCUGGAGUACGAUGAGCUUCAGAGGGAGAUUCGGGAGGGCCGAGGCUUCUACAAGUUUCAAGAGGCCUCCAUCACCUUCGCCCCCACCUUCAAGGUGAUUCGCAACGAAGUGGGUAAAUACAACACCAAGCGGUUACCAGCGUGGUGCGACCGCAUUCUCUGGCGCUCCCUGCCCGGCUGCCAGCUGGGUUGCACGCGCUACGACGGCGCUCACGACGUGGGGAGCAGCGACCACAAGCCAGUGCUGGCUGAGUUUGAGCUCACCACUCACGCCCUGCCGGUCGGGUUAGACCCCGCUGAUGCCUCGCUCGUGGCGGAGGAGGGGGUGGUGGGUGCCGUGGCACGUCGGCUGCACCGCAGUGCGUCGUCCCGCCAUGGUGACAUGCGCUGGAACGUGCAGUUCUCAUCCCUCGUGGGUUCUGACCUGCUCUCAGCUGACGCAAAUGGCCUCUCCGACCCAUACGUGCGAUUCACGGGACCCAAUCUGCAGCACAGCUGCCACACCAAGCCGCGCUACAAGACACUCAACCCUGUGUGGACGCCCGAGGAUAUUCCUAGUGCAGUCUUGGAGAACCUUUCGUUACAGUCACAUGAGAAGGACUACCUGCUGGCAGCCAUUCUAGACCAUGACGUCACCAACCAAGACGACCCCAUUGGGUUCACAGCCAUCCCACUGGCCCCAGCCGUGCAUGCCCUAAGAGCCAACAAUGGCUCGCCCUUUGUGGACUUUCAGGUGGAAGCCACGCGCAAGGGCGUGCCUGUUGGGCACCUUAUCCCAUCUGCUCCUUGUCUUGCUGCUUUCAGGGUUCACAGCCAUCCCACUGGCCCCAGCCGUGCAUGCCCUAAGAGCCAACAAUGGCUCGCCCUUAGUGGACUUUCAGGGUUCACAGCCAUCGCACUGGCCCCAGCCGUGCAUGCCCUAAGAGCCAACAAUGGCUCGCCCUUUGUGGACUUUCAGGUGGAAGCCACGCGCAAGGGCACGCCUGCUGGGCAGGUGUACUUUGAUUCGACUCAAAACACAUAA